GUCUCGUAGUAGUCCACGAUCCAGAAAUAAACAAGAACAAUUACACUAUAUCAGAAUGGCUGUUUACCGAGAAGCCGAAAAUGUUUGGUUUGGUGGCGGGCUGCGCGAACCCGACUGGCGUAGCUCUGGUGGUUAUACUUCUAGUCAUGUUCAUCUGUAGCCAGCCUUUUAUUAGAAGAGGGGGCAGCUUUGAGAUAUUUUACUGGACCCAUUUGCUGUACGUCCCAUUCUGGUUACUGCUUCUGUUCCACGGACCGAACUUCUGGAAAUGGUUCGUGAUCCCCGGGACUGUUUACUUAUCAGAACGGAUUAUGAGAUUAGCUUGGUUGAGGUCAGAACGCGGCAAUACUUACAUAUCUUCAGGUAUUCUGCUACCAUCCCGUGUGACGCACCUGGUCGUAAAGCGGCCGCCCCUUCUGGAUUUCCACGCUGGAGAUUACGUAUUCGUCAAUAUUCCUGCUAUAGCCACUUACGAAUGGCACCCAUUCACCAUCAGUAGCGCUCCUGAGCAAGAAGAUUACUUGUGGCUCCAUGUCCGAGGUGUUGGUCAAUGGACAAAUCGGCUAUAUUCUUAUUUUGAGCAAGAACAAGCUAGACUACAUGGACCUGAGACUUUGGCUAUCGAAAAUGGACACCAAAAACUGGCCCGUUCAGUGUCUGCUGAAAGCAAGCAAAGUCGUAAGUUGUCUUCGUGUAGCAACAAAAAGAAAUCUGUGGACUUUUCUCCUCCCCCAACAGGCUUCACUAAUGAAGCGUAUGUUGCUGAUGAGAACGAGAACAACGACUCCAAAGGCAAUGAAGCUGUGUCUCCCAUAAACACUACAUACAACCCCCUGUUGCUGGCUCCUAGGACUCUGGCGAAGUCGCGCUCUAUGCCAGACGUUCAGAAGAAUGUGAAGAAGAAACAGAUGGCCUUGGCCCUCAACGUGUUGAGUCGGUCGGAGUCGGAGCGCGUGCUGGGCGCGGCGGAGAGCCCGGACGGCGGGGGCGGCGGCGCGGCGCGCUCGCUGCGGACGCGCGCUCGCGGAGCUCCGCACAACAAAUCCCUGGCGCACAGUUUCCGCUACAUGCGCACCAAACCCACCAUCAUCGCCUUUAAAACGCCCAGCGUCGAAGACAGGAGGAGUAGUAAUGACAGCAUACUCACUCUCGCACGACGUCGGCUAUCGAAGAGCCUGUCGCCGGACAGAGAUGUGGAGUCUCAACCUAACGCAGAUGCUUCUGAUAACAACGGCUCCAUAACCACAGAUGAUGUUGAAAACUAUCCGAUUGGAAAACCUUUAGAGAUAUAUCUGGAUGGUCCGUAUGGAGCAGCAUCCUCGCACAUAUUCCGGGCAGAACACGCAGCCUUGGUGGCCGCUGGAAUCGGUGUCACUCCUUUCGCGUCCAUCCUGCAGGCCAUUAUGUACAGGUACUGGAGUGCAAGACACGAGUGCCCUAAAUGUUCACAUAAAUGGGCUUCUGAUAUGCCGAGACAUAAUAUGAAUUUGAAGAAGGUGGAUUUCUUCUGGAUAAAUCGCGAACAACGGUCCUUUGAGUGGUUCGUGUCUCUGCUCUCCCAACUCGAGAUUGAGCAGGCGGAACAAGGGGGAGCCAUGGAGCGAUUCCUGGAGAUGCACAUGUACAUCACCAGCGCGUUACAGAGGAACGACAUGAAAGCUGUUGGACUACAAUUGGCUUUGGACUUACUGCAUGAAAAGGAGAAACGUGACCUGAUAACCGGUCUGAAGACUCGCACGAAUGCCGGACGACCGAACUGGGACAAGGUUUUUAAACAGCUCCAAGAGCAGAACAAAGGCAAGGUUACUGUCUUCUACUGCGGACCUCCGCAGCUUGCCAAGAUACUGAGGGUAAAGUGUGAUCAGUUUGGGUUCACGUUUAGGAAAGAAGUCUUCUAG